CACAGUCUGUCGUCCUUCCUUCCCUUUCUGACGGUGACAUCUGCCUCCACAAUAACAACAACAACAUCACUUGUUGUCGCCGCACCUCGCCGUCGCCCUUUUUGCCACACCAUCCACAUCAUCGCAUUUACAUUAUCAUCUGCAUUGGGUCUAGCAUCCUGUUUGCGCCAUGUCGUCCGGUUUACCAUAUUUGCAGAAGCUGAGGAAAUCAGACCUCACCGAGUUUGCGGAAUCCUCCAAGCUCGCCGAUUAUGCUGGUUUGAAAAAGGCCGAACUCGAAGUUGCCCUAGAUGAGCACUUGCGCGCAAACUCCACCACUUAUGGCAAAGAUCCUUCUCUGAGCGAGUACUACAAGCGCCUCGCCAGCAGCACCCGCUCCCCAACCAAAAAGAUUGCUGAAAAGGUCUCGGAGCUCGUCAAGUCUGAUGAUGACGCUGCACCCGUUAAGAAACCUAAGCGCAAGACCACAAGCGCACCUGUGGAAGACACAACUGACACCGACUCUCCUACUGGUGCCCUCAUCAAGGCUCCCGCUAAAGAAGUCGCCCGUCGAGGUUCCAUCUUAACCUCGCAGAUUCCACUGCCACCGUCACCCUCGGUGGUCACUGAUGCAAUCGAGCAACAGACGCGUCGAUUCCGCACAUCGGUCUCGCAUGCUUAUCAACGUACUCAGAUCCAUGAAUACGCCGACAUGACUCGCGACCUGCUGUCGUCACCUCUGACCGUCACCAUUCUGGGACUGUUGCUAGAAGCCAAUGCUUUGCGCACACAAAUCCUGCCCAACCAACCUAUUGCCGAGUUUCCCGCCGUGCCUUAUGUGCUAUCCAAGCCCACAGCGAUCAAUGUUCCCAAUUUGUUUCUGCUUCUGGAAACAAAGUUCUGGGCCCCAUUCUCUCUGUGGUUCUUGACCUCGGCCAUUCUCCCGGCCAUCAUCUCUUACUUCAUCAACCUACCGUUGAAAGCUCAGCCCACCCACUCGUACUCAACGCGGCGAGCCACCACCGAGGCAAGCUCGCAAUUGCAGUUUGAUCCUUUCAUCUUCAACAUUGCCAAGGGGUUGUUGGCUUACCUCAUCUACCCUCAACCCCACGCCGUCACCUAUGCUGGGCUCUAUGAGCACCACACCAUUGCGACCGUCAACGAGAGCAUUCUGGGUGGCUACUUCGCCGUCCUCAUUAGCGCUGGCAUUGGUGCAAUUGUCAGCCUGUAUGACGCUGUCUUGAAGAAGUGAGCACUCUGGCUCCUCGCAGGUGAAUAGUUGCCGAGGCAUCCGUCCACCAGCUCGCCGCCCCGUUUCACGGCCAUGGCAUGUACAGAGUUCGCACGGACCAUAAGCAUGGGAUUGAUGUUGAUUGUGUUGGGUACAGACAGGUUCAUGCUAUCAGGGGGUCAAACCAGGGAUUGAAAUGAUUUGAUGAGCAAAUUUUCCUUGGUUUGUGUUUUGUCUGUUUUUGUUUACACUCUUUAUACCGAAGUUUGGAAUUGGCAAUGAUGGUCAAGCGGGUGGACAGGCGGGAUUGGCGCCUGGCGUCGGUCGUUAUUCGCUCGUCAUACCAUACACGCUUGGGAUACCUCUCAUCCACGCAUGGCGUUGUUGAGUGGAGCUGUUGAAUUUUUGAUAAAUCGAAAACUGGUGCCCGGCUGCCAGACGGGAGCGAUGUAGGGUGAUAGCCAAAGGUGGAGUGCGUCAUGGCGUGUGGAUCAUUGGAACGAGUCUGUUAGCUGGGCUAUCAGAUUCUGGUUCCACCACACCGAUGUUACUUGUUUGUAUGGACCAACAGAUCGACAGACAGAUGGGCUGGUCGGGGCACCAUUCCGACGACCUCGACUUGUCAAGUCAGUCCGUCGAACGGAACAAACAAGGGGUUGAAACGCCAGACAGAUUGGUGGCUGGACCGAUGGAUAGUUGAUAGUCGGUGUAAAAUCGUUUUAAAUCAUGCAUUUUUCUGGGAACAAACGUCCUGUGUAUCGAAGCAAUAGUAUCUAUUCCUAGACUAUAAUCCUAGAACAUGACUAUACCAUCC